GACCCAGACCAAGGACUACCAUCGUCACCAUCAGCCACAUCAUUCCCUGGCCGCCGUCGAAAUGGUAGGAGUGUCCCGCCUCGCUGCUCCCCUGCGCCGCCUCGCCCUCGCCCCCGCAGCCUCCAGGGGCGCCGCGGGAGGUGUCAGGGCGCUGGGGACGUCACCGGUGAGCAACAGUGAGGAUGUCACCUACCGCCCCUCCACCGUCACCGCCCCAAACAUGAUGGACAUUGGGGUUCGGUCAAUCUUCGACGAGGACCACGACAUCUUCCGUAAAUCUGCACGCAAGUUCUUCACUGAGGAGGUGUUGCCAUACCACAGACAGUGGGAGAAGGAUGGCAACAUCUCACGGGAGUGCUGGCUGAAGGCAGGGGAGCAGGGCCUGCUGGGCACCGACACACCGGCCGAGCAUGGCGGCAUCGGAGGAACCUUUAAGGACGCAGCCAUCAUCAUGGAGGAGCAGUCAUAUGUGAAUUGCUCUGGACCAGGAUUUCCACUGCAUUCCCAGAUUAUCAUGCCCUACAUCACCCACUACGGCUCAGCAGAACAGAUUGAAAAGUUCAUCCCUGACAUGACUGCUGGCAAGAAGAUUGGUGCCAUUGCCAUGACAGAGCCUGAUGCUGGCAGUGACCUGCAGGGCAUCCGCACUAAUGCUGUCAAGGAUGGGGAUGACUGGAUCCUUAAUGGCUCCAAGACUUACAUCACUAACGGCUACAUGAGCGACGUGGUGGUUGUGGUGGCCGUCACAGACCCCAGUGCCAAGAGCAAGGCCCACGGCAUCUCCCUCUUUUUGGUGGAGGAGGGCAUGCCAGGAUUCAAGAAGGGACGCAAGCUGGAAAAGAUGGGCAUGAAGGCACAGGACACUGCUGAGCUCUUCUUUGAGGACGUGCGUCUUCCAGCCUCAGCCCUACUCGGGAAACCAAACAAUGGAUUCUACUAUCUGAUGAAAGAACUGCCUCAGGAGCGCCUCUUGAUUGGCGUCAUGUCGUGUGCCAACUGUGAGUGGCAACUGGAAGAGACCAGGGAAUACUUGCGCAACAGAAAGGCUUUUGGCAAGACCCUCUCCAGUCUGCAGACGAUUCGGCACAAGUUGGCAGAACUGAAGACUGAAAUUUGUGUGAGCCGUGCUUUCACUGACCAGUGCAUUGAGGAACACUCUAAUAAGAGGCUGGGCGACGAGGGAGCCUCCAUGUGCAAGUACUGGUUGUCCGACCUGCAGAACCGUGUGGCAGCGAAUUGUGUGCAGCUGUUUGGCGGGUGUGGCUACAUGUCCGAGUACCCCAUCAGCCGGGCCUACGUGGACGCCAAGGUUCAGACCAUCUACGGUGGCUCCAACGAGAUCAUGAAGGAACUAAUUGCCCGCUGCAUCUUCCGGUAGUAUUCCUGCUGAGACCAUGCCAGUGACGGUGUUCAUGGUAAAGAGCAACAGACUUACUUUAUUCAGAAACUUUGUAUGCCCCCAACUUUACCUUUAUCUACCUUUCCAAUCUUGUCUCUUAGGAUUAUAAGUCCUUUAUAUGUAUUCUCACCUGACUUACUCUAGUGCCUUGUAUUGUCGGUCGUUUAAAUUCCGUACUCCAUUCUACAAAUCUUGCUUUGUUGAUGUUUUUAAACUCCUCAUCCUCACUAUGCUUCCAUACCUUCUACACCUUUGUACUCAUUGACUUCAUGCAGUACCUUUGUAUCUUUAUGCCUCCUUUGUACUAAGCCUCUGACACUCAAAGCCUCUAUACUCAGGCACAUAUACUCUAUAUGUGACUCUUUUAUAAAAGGUCUAUCACUCUAUCUCACUAUGUUUUAUCUGACUCAAUCUAGAACUCAUCACUUAAUUCCUGAGAAUUCUCCAUUUUUCCUACUUCUGCUCAUUUUACUUUUUGCGCCAUGUUUUUUACCUAUAUGAAGCCUUCUGGUGACUCUAAUGACUGCACACAAAAUAAUUACCUGACUGAGAUUUUACUCCAGGUAUUAUUCUCUCGGCAAGAUCAGAAAGGUUAUUCUGAUGUGUGUUAUGAAAACAAUGCAACUAAACUAAGAAGUUUUUGGGAGAUAAAUAUUUAGUUAAUUUGUACAGAAUUGUAAAUACGAAUGAUUGAAUGGUCAUACGAUUCCUGUUUCUGGAUUCUCAUAGGAAGAAUUAGGGCACAGAAAAAGGAAUCUUAGUUUGACAAUGUUAUAAAAUAAAUAUACUUCUCUGAAAUUAUUUUUAUAGCUAUAGACCAUAGACCAUGAAAUUGAGGCCUGUAUUCUCAGACACUUGGCUCUCAAACAUCUUUGCGAAGCCCACUAAAAAGGGGAUCAAGCAAGUUCUCGUGAUUGUUUUUCACAUUCAUGGUACAGAAACCGUGUCAGACUAACACACGGCUUAUAAAACUAUCUAUGGCAGCACCCACUACCUCUAUAAAAGCUUGAUCAAAUAUAGGUGUACAAGCACUGAAGUGUCUGAGAAUAUAGGCCUAAGAUGAGGUAAGAGAAGCACCAUAGGCACCUAUUUUGAAAGUGUGUGGAAAUCUUUAUACAAAAUGAUUAUCAAUAAUUGUUGUUAAAAGUAGUGUAUGUGAGUGUGUUUCAGAGCAACUUUUACACUAGAACAGGUAAUACAUGAAAGUUUGUGCUCUUUCCUAAAAUAUAACAGAAUCCUCAGUUUGUACAAACACCCUACCUGAAGCAAGGUACUUAAUCAAGACGUACCAAUAUAAUACAAAUAAUAGAGUUGGGUGGUGGACUUACAUUUUUUAACGAGCCUUUUUAGGACUACAAGGUGUUACUAUAAACCACAUGGCACCAUAAUAAUGGGCUGAAUACUUAGCCUAUGCAUGCCACAACUUUCUCACAUGCACACACACUCUUCAUACUGUUACUUUAAAUUUAAUUCAUAUGCUCUCUGAAAUAGCAUAUUUAUAUAUAUAUAUAUAUAUAUAUAUAUAUAUAUAUAUAUAUAUAUAUAUAUAUAUAUAUAUAUAUAUAUAUAUAUAUAUAUAUAUUCACGCAUCCUUGCACAGCCUGUCCAGUUACUGAAAAUGGAAAAGCAUUUAACAAGAUAUUGCAAGUUACAACAUUCUUAUUAUUUUUUUCCCUUGGGGUAUAUCCCCAACGAAAUACCAAAAAAAAAAAAAAAUUAUAGUGAGAUUAAGUUAUUCCCUAUUAUAUCCAACAUUUAGAUUGCGUGAUAUAUGAUUAUUUAAACGUAUGAUAUAACUUUAAAGCCUCAAGUAUCUACGUUAUAUCAUGUCGGUAUGUUCUUUUUCAACCCCGUUUUGGAGUGACCCGCAGAGAUCAAUCCACUGCAGUCACGUCAGUGCAAUCAUGUCAUCCAGGGCAAACAUGUCAGUUUGUCACACAGCUCAUGGAUAGCUCAGGUAUUUCUGGCGGACACAUAACCAGCCUGCAUGCUUUUCAAUCUUAAUUGAUAAUGGGUAAGUAAGAUGUGUGUGUUCUGUGCGCCAUCCUUACACGCAUUGCAGAAAUUCUGGUGCAAUACUGAUUUAUCGGGAAAACUGCUGUCCACUUAAAGUUUCCAUUGCAUCGUAAAACCUCGCCUGUCUUGUUGCUUCAGUGUGGAGGAAUUCAUGCCUCUUAAUUGGUGCUAUAGUUUGGCUUGUCAAUUAUGUUAGUAGCAAUAAAAAAUGUAAUCUCUGAA